GGAGCCGGCAGCGCCCGGGGAAGUCGGACCGGGAGCCGCGGGGGCAUCCGGGUGCUGAAGAGGAACAUGAAGCGCAAUGGGAGCAGAAACUGCUUGAACAGAAGGAGUCGGUUUGGUUCCCGUGAGAGAGACUGGCUGAAAGAGGAUGUUGGGCGAGGCUGUGUAUACAUUUAUGGAGCAGACUCUGCAACUGCGACCUCUUCUGACCUGCACUUGGUCCUUUGUACAGUGGAUACCCUGGCAUCUGAGAUCUGUGAUGGAGAGGGUAGGGAGAACCUCUAUUUGCAGCUCCAUGGAGACCUGGUCAGGAGGCUGGAGCCCACAGAGAAACCCCUUCAGAUUGUGUACGAGUACUUGGCUGGGCUCGGCUUUGAGGAUCUUGUGAGAAUACAGGAAGAGGCAGCAAACUCUGAUCUCAGCUGCAUGAUUCGCUUUUACAAUGAAAAGCCAUGUCAAGUGGAGCAACUAGACCGAAUCCUUCUGUCUGGGGUCUAUAAUGUGCGCAAAGGGAAGACACAGUUGCACAAGUGGGCAGAACGCUUGGUCAUUCUCUGUGGCACCUGCCUCGUCGUAUCCUCCGUGAAGGAUUGCCAUACAGGAAAGAUGCACAUUCUGCCUCUUGUCGGAGGGAAGGUGGAAGAAGUGAAGCGUCGGCAGCACUCGCUUGCUUUCAGCUCUGCUGGUGCACAAGCUCAAACCUACCAUGUUUGCUUUGAAACGCUGGCAGAGUACCAGAGAUGGCACCGGCAGGCAUCCACGGUGGUGUCUCAGCGACUCAGCACAGUUGAUCUGUCUUGUUAUAGCCUUGAGGAGGUACCUGAGUAUCUCUUCUACAGUCAAGACAUCACCUACCUCAACCUGCGACACAACUUUAUGCGACUGGAUGGAUCACGGGGUCUUGACUCUCUUUGCAGGUUCUCUCAGCUGAAGGGCCUGAACCUGUCCCAUAAUAUGCUGGGGAAGCUUCCUAUAUUACUGUGUGAGAUCUCCAAUCUGACUGAACUCAACAUUUCCUGUAAUGGGCUUCAUCACCUGCCAAGCCAGAUUGGCAACCUGUUCAAUCUCCAGACCUUAUGUCUUGAUGGGAAUUUCCUCACAUCUUUGCCAGAAGAGCUGGGACACCUGCAGCAGCUCUGCUCCCUCGGGCUUUCCUUCAACAACUUCAGUGAGGUGCCAGUGGUCUGUGAGAAACUCACUGCCUUGGACAAACUGGCCAUGGCAGGGAACCAGCUGGAAACCCUGAACCUUGGGGUGCUGAACAGGAUGAGCCACAUCAGAUGUGUGGAUCUUAGGCUGAACCACCUGAGGAGAUUAUCUGUUGACAGCCUGGAGGGGAACAAAUCUGUGACCCACAUGGAUUUGCGAGACAAUCAGCUGACUGACCUGGAUCUGAGCUUUCUUGGCAGUCUGGAGCAGCUGCACUGUGAGCGGAAUCAGCUGAGGGAACUGACUCUGAGUGGCUUCUCCCUUCGGGCCCUCUAUGCCAACACCAACUGUCUGAUGACUGUAAAUGUUUAUCCAGUCCCUAGUCUGCUGACCUGCCUUGAAAUCUCCCGUAACCAGCUGCUGUGUAUCCCUGACUGGGCCUGCGAAGCAAAGAAACUUGAGGUUUUGGAUAUGAGCUACAAUCUCCUCACAGAGCUUCCAUCAAGGACCCUGAGUAGUUUGAGUCUUCGGAAGUUGAUGGUGGGGCACAACCACGUGCAGAGCCUUCCACCUCUGCUGGAACACAUUCCCUUGGAGGUGCUGGACCUCCAGCAUAACCUGAUCACUAAACUCCCGGAGAUGUUCUUCUUCAAGGCUCUGAAUCUCAGGUACCUGAAUGUAUCUGCCAACAGCCUGGAGUCCUUGCCUGGGGAAGAGAGUCUCAGCGCGCUGCAGCUACUUUACUUGACCAAUAAUAACCUCACAGAUCAGUGCAUCCCUGACUUGGUGGGACACCCAAACUUACGGGUCCUGCACCUGGCAAACAACCAACUGCAAACCUUCCCUGCAAGCAAACUGAGCAAACUGGAGCAACUGGAAGAGCUGAACCUGAGUGGCAACAAGCUGAAGACGAUUCCUACAACGAUCGCAAACUGCAAGCAGCUGCACACACUUAUUGCACACUCAAAUGAGAUCAGUAUCUUCCCAGAGAUCCUGCACCUACCUCGUAUUCAGUUUGUAGACUUGAGCUGUAAUGAACUAAUAGAAAUCGUGAUCCCUGAGGUGCUGCCAGCUACCUUGCAGGAGCUGGACCUGACUGGAAACACGAACCUGGUGCUAGAACACAAGACCCUGGACAUCUUCAGUCACAUUGCCACCCUGAAGAUUGAUGCCAAGCCCUCCCUCACGGCAGACUCAGCACUCUCCUCUACGCUCUGGAAUCAUGGGUUAGCCGAGAUGGCUGGCCAGAGGAAUAAGCUCUGUGUGUCGGCCCUGGCUCUGGGGAGCUUUGCAGACAGUGUGGAAGCUGUGUACGGCAUGUUCGACGGUGACAAGAAUGAGGAGCUGCCCCGUCUCCUGCAAUGCACUAUGGCAGACGUGCUACUGGAGGAGGUGCAGCAGUCGAACAUAGACUCUGUGUUCAUGUCUAACACCUUCCUGGUCUCCCACAGGAAGCUGGGGAUGGCUGGCCAGAAGCUGGGCUCCUCUGCUGUCCUCUGCUAUAUUCGACAUGAUGCUACUGAUCUGGCUGGCAGCUUCACUCUGACAUUGGCCAAUGUGGGCACAUGCCAAGCCAUUCUGUGCCGCAGUGGAAAACCCCUGCCCCUUUCCAAAGUCUUCAGCCUGGAACAAUAUCCUGAGGAGGCCAGGAGAGUCAAGGAGCAAAAAGCCAUCAUAACAGAGGAAGCUUGUGAGCUUUGCUUCCGUAAGUUCCUGAUGGUGGAGGCUAUGUACCUUUGUGCACCACAGAAACCAGCACCGGCGGAUCCGUUGGACAGCUGCUCUGCACCAGCGGCCAGCCCUACUCCCACUCUGUCCUGCCCAGCACCAGUGGCACUGCCGCAUCCAAUUAAGCACCAUGUGCAUAAAAAGCACAUGCAUGAGCACAAGCGUAGCGUUUCCUCUUCAAGCUGUGGCAGGUCGGAUGAUCAUGCUCAGUAUCAAGCCCUCCUUCAUCGUAUGGCCACUGCCCUCAAACUUCCUGUGGAGGACAUCCAGGAUCCUCAAGACCAGUUCAUGGAUAUUCUGCAGCCUCCAAGCCCUGCUCUCAGUUACCAAGCCGUCCUGGCCAAAUAUGACUCCCGCUCCUAUGCCAAACUGGCACAAUUCAGGGACUUUCUUCCCCCAGACAAGCAACAGGACUUUCAAUCGCUCAUAGAUGAGGGCAUGUUGGUCACCAAAGUCACACUUCAGGCUGCAGUGAACACUGCAGAUACCACCUCCCAAUUGCUGGCCUCUGCGGUGGUGCUCCACCGCGACUCAUGGCUGCAAUUCAGCGGCUUCCCGAAGGAGGUCCAGACAACCCUUGAAGACCUCCCCUUUGGUUACGUCAAUGAGAUCACCAGCACUGAUGCCGACCCCAGUGCACGUGGCGCCGACGGACCAUACAACCAGGUCCACGUCUCCAACUCCCUCAGUGCAAGCUCCUCGGCGCUGGCUGCCUUCAGCACUGAUACCGAGACCUCUGAGCAGAGUAGUUCAGUCCUGUUCGCGCGAGCCUCGUCGGAGGUACGCAUGCCUUCGACGCCAGAGGCAGCGCGUGACAUCUUAGCGCUUCCGGUGCCGGGAGAGCCGCCUCAGUCAGGCCCCCGAUCCCGUGGGAAGCCGCCUUUGGGCGCCCAUCAGCCCUCCCCGGAGGUGUCGGAGGUCGAGGCACCGUCCCGGGUCGAGGUGCCGAGCAGAGCCCUGAGACGCACGUCAACUCCGCGUCUGGACUCUUCGACGAGCGGUUCCCACUCCUCCGCUCUUGGACGCCGUCGCGGAGGUAACAAGAGACGGCACCGUUCCUCUUCCAGCCACUCCAAGAGGAACAGGUCUCGACGCCGUCGGCACCGGCGCUCGUACUCAAGCGUCCGCCAUCGCAGAGGCCAUGCCCGGAGCGAGUCCCGAGAGUCCCCAGCACCGUGGCCACAGGCGCCGCAGGGAAUCCGGAGACAGUUCCUCGGACAUCUACCUGUCAACAUCGUCCAGGUCCAACCAGAGGAUCGAUUUGUUGUGCCCCCUGACCUGGAAGAGGAAGUGAAGGAACAAAUUAAGCAGCACCAUGAGAGUGAUGCAGAGCAGGAGCCCAAUGAGAAGACUGCAAUGGCUCCUCCAGAUGAGUUUGACACAGCUUUGUAACCCCACCGGGCUGCUCCAUAGUGUAGGGGAGUUGGCAUCUGCACGGGAAGGAACAGACAUCAGCUCCCUCCUUAUUGGAUUGCAGGACAAGCCUGGAGCUUUAAACUCAGGGCUGCCAGCUUCUUGAGGCAGCAUCCCUGCUGUUCUGUGAGCCCAGGGUACUCAGGCCAGCAGCCAAGCUCCAUGCCGGGGAUUGUCUGGCAUUUGAGAAGGCAGACUUCCCUAUGUGUGGUCCCACCACCUGCCAUUAACCCUUGCCCUCCUGAGGAAUUGCCAGGCAGUGGGCUGGUUUCUGUGUGGGAGCUGAGGAGGCAGUUGUGGUUAUGCACAGCAUCCAGAGUUCUGUGAAGUAUUUGAUUCGGCCAUCAUGAUGGGACUGGUCACUUGGCUUUACUGUUCAGAGAAUACAGCCUGUCACAAUGAAGCUUACUAGCGACACAGAACCAGUCAGAGAAUUGAUUCUUAUAUGCAUCGCAAGCACUUUCAUUGACUGCACUUGAGCCAUUUUGCUCCCCAUCUGCCCAGCACUUUACUAUUUAGGGAGAGGGGGCUUCAGUAACCUCACAAUGGGUAUUAUGGGGGGAUUCCUCCACAUGGGAAUUGGUGCCCUCCUGAUAGGUACAUCCAGGGACACUGGGGGAGCUGAGGUAGUUUUGUCACUACUUGUUAUGAGGUUAUCCAGGGGCUUCCUUCCAACCUGAAGGAUACAACUGGGGCAUGAGGGUUGGGGGCCCCAAUGACAGAUAUGACGAUGGGGCAUGGAGGAGUCCCAGGAGGGGUUUGGCUAUCUCCAUAACAAAUAUGAUCAUGGGUAGGGGUGGGGCUAGUGUGUAC